AUGGACGCCGACUCGGUAACCGCUUUCGGGUACUGCGCCAUUGUCGCAAGCAUCCUCACCCACUCGACUAUCACCUUGGACCUCUUCUUCCUGCUCUGCCUGUAUUUCAGCGUCGAGGUGGCAGCAGGCACGAUCCGCAAGAUCGCGAGCGACUUUCUCGAUGUCAUCUGCUCUAAGAUUCCAGCACGUAACGGACCUGGAUUGGACAAACCACCUACUACCUCGGAGCACAUCGCCGCGCUCUGGGCCAUGAGUCUUUACAUGGCGGUUGUUGGUGUGCGAUGGGCUGAGGCCUUCAUGCUCGUCAUCGCGAGUGGCAUGAUGAUCCAAGGGCUCUUAUGGCUUGGCGUUGAGGGCUACGGCAUGAUCGAGUCCACUAUCCAGGCCGUGCGGAAUCCGCACAGCAUCUACAAGAAGCUCCAGGUCUAUGCCACGAACAUUCGCCAAGCUUUUCUUAGAGCUAUCGCGCUCACGCCACAAGAGAAGCAGACCCUCGACCGUAUCUACGAGAGACUGGAGUCUUACAUCAAGGUCGCCGGCAAGAUCGAACAAGACAUCAUCGACCGCGUCAAGGACUUUGCUCGUAGACAUGAGCAUGUGAUCCGGAUCGGAAAGCUCAUGCUCAUGACGCCGAUUUGCAACCUCGUUCCCUCAGUCCUGCACAAGGCGCUGAGUCUGGAAGAUUUGCUCUACGAACAGAUUGAGAGAGUCGCCGGGGACGACACGGAAGACAACAGUGACACCAACACCAAUAACAGCGAAAAGAAUCAGAACCCCGUCGGUUCGGGAGCCUAUGUAGAGGGUAUUAGACACGACGCCCAGAAUCUCUGUGCUCCCCGCCGUUAUGCACGUUACACCACGCAGGGUAUGGCAGUGAGUAAGGAGAAGGAGAAGGAGGUGCCAGCUAGCAUGGCCGAAUCCAAAGAGAUGGAAGCGGCGAUCGAGGCCGAAGCUCGACAGAAAGCUGAAGACUUGUUUGAAGUCCAGAGCAUCGAAUCGCAACAGAAGGAGCAUAGCACCAAGAAAAUCCACGAGGAGGGCUGGGAGGUCAUCGAAGCCGGCGAGGAAGAUGGCAACUGGAAGUGGUUGGAGCGUGAUACUACGAGGAAGUAG